CAUGUCUUCGUUCGCGCGGUUCGUCCGCAAUGUGUACCGCGUCGGCCCGCGCGACGCCUACCAGCAGCUCAUGCACUUGAACGAUGUCAAGGCUGGUCGUUUCAUUGGCGCGGACCAGUUCGGCAACAAGUACUUCGAGAACAUGAACCCGCGCGAGGAAGUGCCAGGUCGCCAGCGCUGGGUCAUCUUCGCGCAGGACUCCAUCAGCAAGCAGUACUACGAAGAUAACUCGCAGAUCCCUCCCGAGUGGCACUCAUGGCUGCAGCAUAUCCGCGCGCUGCCCCCGACUGAGGACCCCGUUGUCCAGAAUUUGUCGCCCCCUUGGAAGCAGCAAUGGACGGAGAACAUCUCCGGCACGCGUGGCGCGUACCGCUCGUACAACACCGUCAAGCCGAAGAUCGAGGCCUGGGAGCCCAAGACGGCCGCCCGGGCGUAAGCUGACGGGCGGCAUGCGCCGGAGUGUGGUCCCGCGAGCGUACAGUGUACAACUGGUGCGAAAUGAAUAUAUUGAGCGUGCGCCACGCACCUUUCGCCUCGAUGCGGGACGUGCUGGCCUGACGCAAGCGGAAAUCGUUCUUUCCUAU